GCAAAGAUGGCGACGGGUUCAUGUCACAAGUUGAGGUUUUAGCUUUUUAUAGCGCUUAUGACGGCUUUGAGAGCCUGAAAAGAUAUUUUAAGAAUGCAAGAGGCCUCCUAGGUACCAGGCAAGGACGUAAUUUUGCUGGAGAAUGUGACAAUCCUGGGGAUAAUUCUUUGUUUUUCACGAGACGUUCGAUUCAUCAAGCGAGAGUUUUCACCGAGAGCUUCCAUCAACAGAAGAUUGUCGUCAAGAGAAUGCGUAGCAUUUUUGCUUGAAGGAACGCAUGUCAGCGAAGAUUAGUGGAAAUAAAGUCGACUGGUGGAGUAAAAUGAAAAAAAUGGACCGGCAAGAGCGACUAGAAAGGACAGCGUCUAUGGCAAACAACAAGGGAUUGUUGAACAACCCUGGUGAAAAUAAUUGUUUUCUGAACUCGGCAGUUCAGGUCCUUUGGCAUCUGGAUGUGUUCAGGAGAAGUUUUCGAGAGAUUAAAGGACAUUACUGUAUGGGGGAGUCAUGUAUAUUCUGUGCUCUGGACUUAAUAUUCAAACAGUUCCAGUACAGCAGUAAUGAUGCUUUACCACCAGAUGGACUGCGGGUUGCUUUAGCUGCUGCAUUUAAGAAUCAGCACAGAUUUCAGUUGGGAGACAUGGAUGAUGCUGCUGAGUGCUUUGAAAACAUCCUCAGUCAUAUGCAUGCCCUUGUAACGAAGAAUGAACAUGACGAUGCUUGCAAUGCUAAACACUGUAUAUCGCACCAAAAAUUUGCCAUGCAGGUUAUUGAGCAGACAAUUUGUGAGUGUGGUGAGCAGUCAGAACCUUUGCCAUUCUUUCAGCUUGUACAUUAUGUAUCUGCCUCUGCACUGUGUGCUAAAGCCAGGAGAUUAAAAGGAUGGGAUAACACAAGGCCAAUUGAAAAUCAAUUUGGAUGUCUGCUUCGUAGAGCCGGACAGGACACCAGAGAGUGCCAAAGUCCAGACUGUAAUGAUAGAGUUCAAGUUCAACGUUUGUUAUUAAAUUGUCCUGAUAUUGUGAGCGUUGGUCUUAUCUGGGACUCUGAGUGUCCGGAUGCUGAACAUAUUGCUGAUGUUUUACAAUGCAUUGGAACAACUCUGAAGCUGUCUGAUCUGUACCAUCAAGUGUAUGAUGAAAAAGCCAAGGAUGCCUGUCUGCAGCUGGUUGGCAUAGUGACGUAUUACGGCAAACACUACUCAACGUUUUUUUUCCAUAGCAAGCUGCAAACUUGGAUUUACUUUGAUGAUGCCAGAGUCAAAGAGAUCGGCUCUGAUUGGCUGGUUAUGAUGGAGAAAUGCCGCCUGUGUCACUAUCAGCCCCUUCUACUUCUCUAUGCCAACCCUGCUGGGACACCUGUGAAUCCUGAUUCAGCACCGAAGGUACGAACCCUCAUCAAUGGCACAGUUCACGAGAAGGGAAGUGAAGGGAAACUGUGGGUGAAAAGUCUUGAUACAGAAAGAGGGAUAGCCGAUGGUGUAAGUGACAGCGAAAAGAGCCCUGUUAUGUUCAAAAAAUCCAAAUCACGCCAAAAACCAAAACUAGAUAAGAAGUCACUGUUCAGGUCAAAGAAGAGUCUUUCAUCCGGAGACGUGUCCAAUCCUAAGAAAGAGUUAUCACGGUCGCCAAGUAACGCGUCAGACAGCACAGCCAGUAGUCCUGGGAAGGAGAGGCAAAGGCCGAGCUUUAAAAGGAUUGGAACAGCCAUCAUGAGCGCAGUGAACCCGGCUCUUGCAGUGUCGCACUUGAAGCAGACUAAGAAGAAAGGUUCUCAGAAAUGCCGACGUUCCUCAACUGGGUCUAGUGAGUCUAGCGGCGACCCUGAUCUUAUAGAUUUGAGUCCCAAGCAUGAAGAGGCGAAAAUGGAAAUCAUGAAACUUUACGAACAAUCCAAAGCGCUGCACUCUGCUCAAGUCAGAGCGAUGUAUAAUGACAGUGGAAUUAGCUCUACACCUUCCUCAGCAGGGGGGUCAGUUAGCUCAACUGAUACCAACCACGGGGGUAGUGAUGAGGACCUCAUCGAUUUUAACCAGUCAUGGCGUCACUCUCAGUACGAUAACUGGCCCCCGCGCCCAGCUGAUCCUAUUGAUCGUAUCGACAACCUCAUUCAACAAGGAGAGCUGUACCUCCAGGCAUCACAGGACUGGGAGAAUCAAUAGGAUUUCGUCAAAGCUUUUGAUUACUGCAGCCAGGCAGCUACUAAGUUUCGAAUGGUUACAGAGGAUAAUAAUGCGGACCUAAACAGGAAGGACUACGCUCAAAAGAAGCGCUACAGUUGCCAGGCACGGGCCAGAAAUCUGGGCCGCGUUUUGCAAUCCGGUCCUAUAACGGACAGUGGAACUGCUUCUGUCAGUCUUUCAAGGCAAAAAGAAGAAGAACUCUUACGCCAGCAGAGACAGAGGGAAUCUUACAUGAUCAGGCAACAACAACAACAACAACAACAACAACAACAACAACAACAACAGAUGCCUCAGCAGCGACAACCGCCACCAGUACAAUACAUGUCUGUCCAGCGAAGGGAUCUACCUGCUAGAGAAUACUCCGCCCCUCAAGUUACAGCUCGCAGGGUUCAAGAAGUACCCGUGUCCUCCAGUAACGGGAGUUACGUGGAUUCAAGAUUUAACCGAAGAGACAACUGGGAAGAACAAAACACCACCAGUCUACCCUUGAAAGUAAAACCGAGGCCAACUGUGUAUUCAAGUGGACAUUAUGUAAGCAAACCUCAAGGGAACAAAACCGGAGCCAGUGGAAUGGGGCCGAGAGUUUGCUCACAGCAAAUUAAACCAGACCAUAUGUGCUAUAAUCCUGUCCAUUACGAACGAGAAAGAGAAAGUGAAAUUGCUGCUCGAAUUCAGAACAUUGAUAUUCGCACUCCGAGUCCGGAGCCGAGAACGGAUUAUACUAAGGUUAUUCCAGUCGGCGAGAACAAGACGAAGACUUCCGAAAACCGCCGACCUUCGUCUCUGACCAGACGAGUGUCGAGUUCGAUUUACAUUUCACCGUCGAAUCCGUCUAAUUCAAGAGCUCCCACGUUUGAUUCUUACGACCCGAAGAUUUACCGAAGUAGCGACAAUCCAAAAGCUCCACCGAGUGUAACAAUUUCCGGCCCAAGACCCAAAGUAUCUUACGUGGGAAAUUCAGCUCAGAACUCACGGCUGACAACUCGCGAUCGUUCUCCAUCGCCCGCGCGCUCUGUGGAUGGGACGGAAAGUGCUUACCGAGUUCGCGGUUCUUAUGGUCAGCGGCCUGCCCACUAUGUACCUGCUCCUCCUUACAAUCCAUCACAUCAGCGUGAACACCAGAAAAGUUAUUCCACAUCAUCUUUAUCAAGACCGUGUUACCCAUCAGGUUCGACCGACGAUUCAUACACGAACAGUUCUCGUGGCCUCCGGCAAGUUCCUGCACGAAUCAUCACUGAUCGGCCAGUUUGCGAAAGAUGCCGAUGCGUUCCGAUUGAGAGGCGACAACGAGUCUGCGCUGGUUGUGACCAGGAGCUGAUCCAAAUCCACUCCAAAACAGCUAGACUCUAUUGAGGCCUAUUGUUACACGGGAGGAGAGAGACGUGCAACAUCAUGCCGUGGGUGCCAUGGAGGCUUGGUUUUACCAUGGUUUGUUUUGUUGUUGAACAAAAAGAAAAAACUCCAAAAAUGUAAAAAUAUUUAUUCUGUAACCUUAAAAAACACAGCACCAUUCAAUGUGUUGUCUGUACAGUUUCUCCUCACGGCUUGUAGCUAAUUAUGAAAUGCGGUAUAGGAAAUGAGGGAAAGGCCCAUUAAAGCGGAAUUAAAACUUGGAAUUUAUUGAGAAAACAUUCGUCAAGGAAGUUUUAGAAUGAUGUACCUCCCAAGCGAGGAGAUUUAUUUCACCUAUUUCAGGAUUAUGAAGGCUACGUACGGCUCAUGUAUUAUCACCGAAUAGUACCAGAGUUCUCUAUUUUUUUUAAUAAUUUAUAUAUAAAUUAGAGACGAAAUCCUUUUCGUUUGUCUGGGUAGGUCGUUAGUUAUGGAACGGUAUUGGGAUCUAUUCUUGAGAAUGAGUACAACGAAAAGUUAUUGGAAAAUCUUGGCGCAAUCUUUGUUUAUAAAGCGGAAGAUUGAUUCUAGAGAAAGUAAGCGCGUUUUUUCGUGUAGAUUUCGCCCUCAAAUGCGAGGGAAGCCAACGUUGUAAUUGUACGGUGUUUGUAUAUUAUCACUACAGUAGUGCAAGAGUUGUUAAUAAAUUUAACGAGGAAUUUAAA